AUGACUUCGGUCCAACGCCCAGCCUCGCACAGUUCGGCUGGCGCCAGCUCCACCGCCCUUCCCUCCCCCAAUCAUGCUUCGAAUCACGACAAAGUCAACUCGGAUGAGUCGACGAGUACAGCGACACCGGCGCGUCAGCCGCCGCAACUCGGUCAGGAGGGCUUCUGGUCACCGCGUAUCAAGGCGCAACGCGCCGCUUAUCUCAAAGGUGUGGGCGCGACGGUGGUGCUCAUCAUGAUUAUCAUCUGGGCCGUCGUGGCGAUCUACUGGGGCUCCGUAUACAAGGAGCUCGAUCUUUCGCCCAACCUCGGUACCUGGAUCAUCAACCGCGACUCGGGCAUCGUCGGCUCAACGGUACAGCAGGCCUUGCUCGACGCCAACAAUGGGCCGAAGCCGCACAGCACCUGGACCGUCAUCGACCCUUCUCGAUUCUCCUCACAGGACCAGGUUGACUACGAGGUGACCAACGCACUCUCCACCUGGAUGGUCGUGACCGUUGCCGAGGACGCAACUUCCAAGCUCGAGCAGGCGCGUGCCAACGGUGAUGCAUCGUGGAACCCGCAAUCUCUGGUCUCGCUCACAUACGCGACGUCCCGAAACUUCCAGGUGAUCCCCGCUACUGUUCUCUCGCCGGCGAUGGAAACGCUCAACAAGGCCUUGGCCCAGCUCGGCGCGCAACUCGCUGGAGAGUAUCUGUCAACGAUCGCCAGCAACCAGACCGCCAUCAACAACCUCGCCAGGGCACCGCAGACCAUCACCCAACCCAUCAUUCCCUUGCAACGUGAUCUGCGCCCGUACGACGUGCCUGUCGCCAUCGCUGUGCUCGUUGUUGGUCUCAUCUACCUCGUCAUUCUGGCGUUCAUCUCUACGAUGGCCAACUUUGGAGCAAGACAGCCGCUGCAGCCAUUCCUCAAAUUCCGAUCUCUGGUAGCAAUGCGCAUCGUCGUGCCGUUGAUUGCCUACUUCUUCAUUUCGCUCAUGAUCUCGUUGCUCAACAUCCCUUUCAACGUACCAUUUGGACGCACGUUCAGCUACGGUGCAGGAUUCAUGACGUGGUGGUGCGCGACGUUUGUCGGCAUGUGCGUAUUCGGCUUCGUGACCGAGUGUUUCAUCUCAAUCGUCGGUCCCAAGUUCAUUGGAUUCACCCUCGUGUUCUGGAUCAUCAUCAAUGUUUCGGUCGCCAACCUUCCGAUCGAGCUUUCACCGUCGUUUUACAGGUACGGCUACUCGAUGCCAUUCUACAGCAUCCGUCAAAUCUACGUCAAGAUCAUCUUUGACGUGGGUCAGCGUGUCGAGAUGCUCAAGUGGUUUGGCAUUCUUUGGGCCUGGCUGGCGGUCAUUCUGCUCACGCUGCCCUUCUGGAUGCACUUUGAGCGAAAGACCAUGGCGAAGGCACAGCAGGCGCAAGCAAAGCAAAAGCAGCAAAAGGAAAAGCCGACGUCAUCGUCGUAG